UUUGUUUCGUCUGACUCUGAACUGAGGAAAACAAAUCGAGCUGAAUCAUCGCGCGCUCAGUGGAUACUGGACUAAUAAUCAGGAACUAUGUUUCGAAACCAGUACGACAAUGAUGUGACUGUGUGGAGUCCUCAGGGCCGUAUUCAUCAGAUCGAGUAUGCCAUGGAGGCGGUGAAACAGGGUUCAGCCACUGUAGGACUCAAAUCACGCACUCAUGCUGUACUCGUGGCCCUCAAGAGGGCUCAGUCUGAACUGGCGGCUCAUCAGAAGAAGAUCCUCUAUGUGGACAGUCAUGUUGGCAUUUCCAUCGCAGGACUGACCGCAGACGCCAGACUCCUCUGUAACUUCAUGCGACAGGAGUGUCUGGAUUCCAGGUUUGUGUUUGACAGGCCUCUCCCUGUGUCUCGCCUGGUGACGCUCAUUGGAAGCAAAACUCAGAUUCCCACUCAGCGUUAUGGCAGACGGCCGUAUGGAGUCGGGCUGCUGAUCGCUGGUUAUGAUGACAUGGGGCCGCACAUCUUCCAGACGUGCCCUUCGGCAAAUCACUUUGACUGUAAAGCCAUGUCCAUCGGCGCUCGCUCGCAGUCAGCCCGCACGUACCUGGAGAGACACAUGGAUUCAUUCCUGGACUGUAAUCUGAAUGAUCUGGUUCAGCACGGCCUUCGUGCUCUGCGUGAAACUCUACCUGCUGAACAGGAUCUGACUACAAAGAAUGUGUCCAUCGGGUUCGUGGGAAAGGACAUGGAGUUCACCAUUCAUGAUGACGCUGAUGUGGCCCGUUUCCUUGAGGGUCUGGAAGAGAGACCGCAGAGACGGGUUGCACAGCCAGCAGAUGAAGCCACUCCUGCUGUACCUGAUGAACCCAUGGAGCACUGAGACAUCCGGGUAUCUCAAAAUAAAACAUGUUAGCCUGCAUCACUCUUUGUAUAUUACUCUUUUGAGUUAUAAACGAAAAUAAAACUCAUUGUCAUUGUG